AUGUUUCUCUUGUUAAAGAGAUUCGGGUUCCAUAUCCUUUCCCUAUGUCCCGGCUUUUUAGAGAGGCUUAAGUCCCAAUUCCUUUCAUAUCUGUUCCGUCCUCUUUUAGCCACACAGGCCGCCAUCUUUUUCUUUUGCCAGGUUCCUGUUGUUAAAGAAGUUCAGUUCCCAUUUCUGUUCCCAAUGUUCUGCCAUGUUAAAUUGGCUCAGUUUCCAUCUACUUCCCCUAUAUCCCGGCAUUUUAGACAGCCUCGGAUUGAUUGUUCUUUUCUCUCUCUUCUGUCUUCUUUCAACGACUCAGGUCCUAUCUUUUUCUUUUCGUAUGUAACUCUUGUUAAAGACGAUGAGGUCACAUCUUUCGCCUCUGUUCCGUUCAGGUCCCAUCUACUUUCCGCAUAUACCGACAUGUUAAAGAGGCUCAUAUCCAAUCUCCGUUCCAUCUUUAUCUUUGGUCAUAUUCCUCUUUUUAAAGAAGUUCUGGUUCCAACUCCUUUCCUCAUGUCCCGACAUUUUAAAGAGGCUCAGGUCACCAUCUUUUUCUUUCAACACGUACUUCGUUUUAAAGCGGUUCAGGGCCUAUCUCUUUUCCCCAUGUUCCGACAUGUUAUACAGGCUCGGGUUCCAUCUAUUUUGCCAUGUUCCUUCAUUCUAGAGGGACUCAAAUCUCAUCUUCUUUCCCCUCUGUUCCGUCUUCUUGCAGUGACACAGGCCCUAUCUUAA